AUGAAAGUUUUAUCAUUCCUCUGUGUUUUAUUAGUUAGCGUUGCUACUGCCAAACAACAAUUUUCAGAAUUACAAUAUAGAAAUGCUUUCACCGAUUGGAUGAUUACCCACCAAAAGAGUUACACCUCAGAAGAGUUUGGUGCCCGUUACAAUAUCUUCAAAGCCAAUAUGGAUUACGUUCAACAAUGGAAUUCAAAAGGUAGUGAAACCGUUUUAGGUUUAAAUAACUUUGCCGAUAUUACCAAUGAAGAAUAUAGAAACACUUAUUUAGGUACUAAAUUCGAUGCUUCAUCUUUAAUUGGUACUCAAGAAGAGAAAGUUUUCACAACUUCAUCAGCUGCUUCAAAAGAUUGGAGAAGUGAAGGUGCUGUUACCCCAGUCAAAAAUCAAGGUCAAUGUGGUGGUUGUUGGUCAUUCUCAACUACUGGUUCAACUGAAGGUGCUCACUUCCAAUCUAAAGGUGAAUUAGUUUCAUUAUCUGAACAAAAUUUAAUUGAUUGUUCAACUGAAAAUUCCGGUUGUGAUGGUGGUUUAAUGACUUAUGCAUUCGAAUAUAUUAUCAAUAAUAAUGGUAUUGAUACUGAAUCAUCUUACCCAUACAAAGCUGAAAAUGGUAAAUGCGAGUACAAAUCUGAAAACUCUGGUGCUACCCUUUCUUCAUACAAAACUGUUACUGCUGGUUCAGAAUCUUCAUUAGAAUCUGCUGUCAAUGUUAACCCAGUUUCAGUUGCAAUUGAUGCCAGUCACCAAAGUUUCCAACUCUAUACUUCUGGUAUUUACUAUGAACCAGAAUGUUCAAGUGAAAACUUGGAUCAUGGUGUUUUAGCUGUUGGUUAUGGUUCAGGUUCAGGUUCAUCAUCUGGUCAAUCAUCUGGUCAAUCAUCUGGUAAUUUAAGUGCCAGCAGUUCAAAUGAAUAUUGGAUCGUUAAAAACUCAUGGGGUACAUCAUGGGGUAUCGAAGGUUACAUUUUAAUGAGCAGAAAUAGAGAUAAUAACUGUGGUAUUGCCAGUUCUGCAAGUUUCCCAGUAGUAUAA